CGCCAGAGACCCCCUCCCACUUCCUGUCUCGCUUGUGACCUGGCUCGGCCGAGGACUCAUUCCCUUGCCUGUAUUCGGCGGGGAGAGAAUGAUACACAGCAGCCAGGAACUGGCACCGUCAGGUCAAAGGUGGAGGGUCAAAGGGCACGAGUGCUGCAGGCAUGGCCCGCCUGCUUGCACGGCGCGCUCAGCUCGCGGCUGCACGAGGAGUCUCUGGGCUGAAGCGACUCCUCCGUCACCAUGCUCUCCCGCCUGCCCCCAGGCGCCGCUGCUUCGGUUCGGGGAGCAAAGCAGAGGACCGCGGCCAGGUGACUCCCCUGCUAAAGCACCUCACGUUCAAAAUAAAGUCGACCGGCCCCAUUACAGUCGCCGAGUACAUGCGGGAAGCCCUAACUAAUCCCGUGGAGGGUUACUAUAUGCACCAUGACAUGCUGGGAGAGAAAGGGGAUUUUAUUACUUCACCUGAGAUAAGCCAAAUCUUUGGGGAGUUAAUAGGAAUAUGGUAUGUUAGUGAAUGGAUUGCCACUGGCAAACCUAAAACUCUCCAGUUGGUGGAACUAGGCCCAGGUAGGGGUACUCUUACAGAUGAUAUUUUGCGGGUGUUUAACCAGCUUGGCUCUUUACUCAGUAAAUGUGACAUUUCUAUUCACCUGGUAGAGGUGAGCCCCAAACUCAGUGAGAUCCAAGCACUGACACUGACGGGAGAGAAUAUACAAUCAGAGCUUGAUAUUGCUGCCCCUGUCUACAUGAAAGGCAUUAGCAAGACUGGAAUUCCAAUUUUUUGGUACCAACAGCUGCAAGAUGUACCACAAGGCACCAGCUUUUAUUUAGCGCAUGAAUUUUUUGAUGCCUUGCCAAUACAUAAAUUUCAGAGAACAGAACAAGGAUGGCGUGAAGUGUUGAUUGAUAUAGAUCCAAAAGUUCCUGAUCAACUGCGGUUUGUUCUGGCACCAUCUGCCACCCCUGCUUCAGAAUACUUCAUACAGGAUCAAGAAACCAGAGAUCAUGUGGAAAUAUGUCCUGAUGCUGGCAUAAUCAUUCAGAGACUUACAGAUCGUAUUCAAGAGGAUGGUGGAGCUGCAUUGAUUGCUGAUUAUGGUCACAAUGGAAAUAAGACUGACACUUUCAGGAGUUUCCGCAAUCAUAAACUUCAUGAUGUAUUAAUAGCUCCAGGUACAGCAGACUUGACCGCAGAUGUUGAUUUCAGCUAUCUUCGAACCAUGACACAGGGAAGAGUAGCCACCUUGGGUCCUAUAAAGCAACAAGAAUUCUUAAAGAAUAUGGGUAUCGAUGUCCGGUUGCAGGUUCUAUUGCGGAAUAUAAGUGACACGGCAAUGCGUGAACAAUUGCUUCAAGGGUAUGAUAUGUUAAUGAAUCCUAAGAAAAUGGGUGACCGCUUUAAUUUUUUUGGCCUGCUUCCUCAUCAGAGACUUACACAUUCUGAUCAGAAAGUAAGUCUACAGCACUCAAAAUCUCUUUCAACUCCUGUUGCUGGAUUUGGUGAACUUGUAUGGAAGUAAAGCCACAGCUAAGAGAAUUUAUGUAAUCAAGAGCCUGCCACUAACCAUUAAAAUCACAGUAAAUAAAAUGAAAUCAACAUGCAUUUUAUAGUUUUACAUAUUUAAGAAAAUAAACUUUUCUUGUACUGGACCACUGUCUGUAUGCAACCAGGAUUUAUUUAACUGGUUAUGUACUGCCUUUGUGCUGAUGUACAGUAUAGAAAACGUACCAUCAUUCUGGCCUCCUGCUUCCCCAGAUACUUUCUCUCUCUCAGGUAUGUAUCUGGGGUUUCCUUGGGCCACAAGGCAGCAUUGACAACCCAAAGAUUCCAACCCAAGAAGAGUAUACAUAGAAGAUGAAAACAAACUGUUUGUUGGUUUUCACUUAACCCAUACUUUGCUUGUAAAUGAUAUACCUGUGAAAUCAGGUUUUAUUGUACUACAUUGUUGGCAUAUCAUCAUGAUGAUCACUUAUUGCAAGGGUGCCUGACAACCCACCAGAGCAUUUCAUAAGGUCUGUGGCCUGCUUCAAUACAUCAUUUUAGUUUACACUGAAUUGGUUGUUAAUAUUGUAAACACAAAUCUGUUUAAAUAGGUUGUUUCUGUAUAGGGUAUUGACUAAAUACAUAUGAAAUAAGCAGAACUUCAAUACAAGUCUGCAGAUGACUUUCUACUUAGUAAGUUUAAAACUAUUUUAUCUGUUUGGCCUACUCAAGGUUGUAUGUAAUUAUGUCGCCUUCCUUUGUAAUUGAGGUGGAUAUCACUGACCUGCUGAUAAAGUUAAAUUACUGCAGUCCCCGCAGUCUCACCUCUGUGGUUGCAAUUCUCAAUGCAGAUGGUCCAAGGCAGAACAAAAAUGGUGCCUUCUAAGGCACAGAUCUAUAUGCAGAUAUCGUCAGCAACACUAAAAGGUUAGGUAAAUCACUUUGAUAUAAAAGGUUUCAAUUGUACAGCUAGUAAGGAUGUGAAGGACUAGUCAACUAUCCAAUAAACAAAUGCUUAUCAGAUAGUUGACAGCAUAGUCAACUAGUCACUUCCUGCUCCUCUCCUCUCCCCCCGCCUUAACAGAUAGAGGGAUGGGAAAGGAGAGAAGAAGGGGAUACUUCAAAGUAGCAGCGCCACAGAGUCACAAAAUGCAUCGACUAUUCGAUUACCCGAUACGUAACAUCCUUAGCAGCCAGUAAAUAGUAUUCAUUUGGUCACGUUUUCCUUCUGCUUGCUUCAUUCUGGGUAUACUUUAAUAGUAAAGGUGUAUUCUUACUGUAGCAGACUACACCUUCGUGUUUGUUCUUUCUGUUAAAGUAUUUUAGUUGUCCCACUAUUCUAGAGCUUACACUGAGUAAAUAAGAGUUGUCAUUACUAAAAGAUAAAAUUUUUUUAGUCAACAAUCCAACACUUAUUUCUUCUAGCAAUCUGACACAGUCUCGUGUUAUUGAUGUAAAUAAGAGUUCUUAAGGAAUCUAGGUAUGUGAAUGGUUAACUGGUAAACCUCACCCUUAAUAGGUGAGGCUUACCAGUUCCAGUUCACCAGUGGGGCCUGGAGCAGCUCCCUGCCCUGCCUACCAUGGGAAGGGGGCUGUGCCAACCCAGACACACCACAAGCCAAGGGGCUCCAGAGCAGCCCCAUGCAUCAUAUGGGAGGGCUGCUCUAGCUCUCCCUGUUCCUCCUUUAAUCAGUUAAACAUUCAGUUUUAACCAAUCAAAUGGGAUUUUACAUCCUUAAUGGAAUCAAAAUAAGGGGUCUCUUACAACAAUAUAAUAGCAAAGCUGUAAAAAGCUAGACCAGUUAUAGUACAUAAAUGUACAAUAUCCUUAAAAUAACGUAUAACAAAGGCUGUCUAGAGUGUUACUGCUUAUUCUGUAAGAAUUUAAACACAUGAGAAAACAACUAUGACCGUUCUAGAAGGUGAAAGUAAAAUUCUACACUAACUUUAGCUAUUAAGAGGUACUGGCCAGAAUAUAACAUCUCAUACCUGACCUACUUUAAAAUAGUUUGAUGUAAUAAGACAUUUGGUGAAAGUACUGUGAAUAAUAAAUAUGUAUAUUUGUGUAAAAACCAGCACUCCUUAGCAGUGAUUCUCUUAAUCCAUUUUUAAGGAGUCAACUGUUUUGAAAGAUCUGAGCAAAAAUAAGUACAGCAGCAGCAACUGAAUGAAAGAUUAUUCCCACAUCUGUACUUAAGUUAUCCUUGCAUAUAAUCAAGUAAAUAUACAGACAAAUGGUUUUCAAACAUAUUUUAAAAUGAGAAAGAAGGGAAUUCAUGUCAAUGGAGAAAGACAAAUCUGAUAGGGAAAUAAAUUUUAUUUUCAAGCUUAGAGGCUUUAUUUACAAUCAAUGGAUCGUAUAAAAAUAUAAAAAAGUACUUGAGUGUCCUUUAGAGGCUACAAAUUUUACUUUUUUUCUAGUAUCAACAUAGUACUAUUUCUUGCAUGAAUGCAACUUAAUUCAAAACAGGUUAAUGAUCAUGUAGCAGUGGGUACAAAUUCAUCUGGAGCAACUCAUAAUUCUGAGUUCUUAGUGAAUGACAGCUUAAAAUUUAACAAAAAAUGUUUUAGGCUUUCAUUAAAAAAGAGUGCAAGCUGUGCCAUUUAUUGUAUGGCUUGUAAAAUGUGUGCGAUAACUAUCAAAGUAAUACAGAUGUUCCAGUUAUUUUUCAU